AUGUUAAUUGAAACUUCCGUAAAUGAGAAGUAUAUGAAUACGUUGAACUUUGACUGUUUUCCAAAAUCAGUGGGCAAUUUCCAAGAUUCUCCAGAAUUUUUCCAACAGAUUAUAUUUAUUGACUACCAAUUGCAAUCGUUGGUCCAGAAGGAGUUCAAACAAUUGAGUAUUAUACAGUGUCGUAAUGCUUUUGCAAAAAAUGAUUGCUCUUUACGAGGAAGUUUGACUAAUUUACUUCGAUUUGCUGAAUCUCUUGAAAAUUAUAAUGAUAUUCCAAAUACAAGUCAUGAAGAAAAAUUAUACUACGCUGUCAUCAUGACUCAUUUGUAUUACCUCAGCUCACAACCCGAAGAGUUAAUACGUACCAACGAAAAAUUUGAGUCAUCAAUACCAUCAGCUUUACAUUCUACAGCAUAUAUACAUAAUGAUUUCGUUGAAUAUUUGGUUUGCCGUCAGAUAGUGUUAUUAGGUUUGGGCGAUGAACAAGGUAGAUAUAAAUUAUGGGCGGAAUAUUUAAUUUCCUUAAAGAAACCAUUUACGAAAUCCAAUAUAGCUGCUUCACAUUGGUUGGAUGUACUAUUUGGCGAAAUGGCCGUAUUAUUAUCUAGCCAGGAUAAAAAAUUGAUAGCCUUUGACAGCGAUAUUAAAGCUCAAAGUUUUUCAAAAAAUAGCCUUAUGUUGGUUCUGUUCAGUAACUAUUUAAUGAAGAUUGAAAACAGACAUCUUCUUGACGUUGAUUUUAGAGCACAAUUUUCAAAUUAUAUAAAGAUACAUAUCGAGUCCAUUAUCACGAAUGAGCACCAUUUCCCGGAUGCUAGCUCAGAAAACCAUGAUUUAAACUUUUUCGUUUAUAACUUGUACGAAUCGUUGAGUUACGUUCCUAUGAAAUAUCAAAUUUUAAGUGGCCUGUUAUCGAAAAAGUUAUUAAUUAACUUGACCCAAAAAUCGUACCAAAGUCAAAUAAUUUUGAGGACCUUGAUCAAGACAUUGAUUGAUCGGGAAGAAUAUGACGAAGCAUACGCUGCAUUUAAAACCUAUAUUAGCUACAUUGAAAAAGAUCAGGAACAGCAUAAUGGAUACAUACAUGAUGUUUUAUCAAUUAUUGACACAUACUCAAUGUGCAUAUUACGUUUUAAUCCUUUUGAUUCACUUUCUCUUCAAUCUAAUGAUUCGAAGAAGUUCAAAUAUGUUACCCGGGAUCAAAUAUUACAUUCAUUGGAUAAAGGUGCCGUCGAAUUAAAGGGCUAUUUACGUGAGCUUGCAAAUAUCUGCGAUUUGACGUACGACGACUCCCCAAACAGUAGUCAUAUUUCAUUCUUAUAUCUGAAGUAUAACGAUAACGUGAUGCAGGAGGAUAAUUCCAAUUUUAUUAAGCUAAUCUCCAAGUCAUGGUAUUCUUUGGGAUAUUAUUACUACUACCUAUGCAGCUUUGAAUUGCCAAAUUAUGAGACGAUUGAUGCUUAUACCAGUAAAGUUCUCAAAUAUUACAAAAACAGUUUGAUAAUUAAUACCACAGGUAAUAUUUCAUAUUUGUUCAAUUAUGCGUUGGUAUUAUCGUACAAUAGAUCAAUACAACAAGCCAUUAAAUUAUGCAAGUUCAUUUUAAAAAGACACCCGGAAUCAUUCAAGACCUGGAAUUUGUUAGCAUUAUUGCUCAGCUCGUUAGAAACGCAUAGUUCUGGUGAUAAUGCCCAGAACCAGAAACACACGUAUCAAGUUAAUGUCACAAUUGAUGGUAGUAUUAAUGAUACUAUGAACGGUAGUGCCAAUGGAACUGCUGCAUCAAAUAUCCAAGUGACUAAUAUCAGAGAACUGGAAAAGAUCAUUAAUAAUGGUCUCAAUAUUGCUGGUAUAUAUCUUGUUAGAAAUCGCAAAUCCAAUUUGAACCUUACAAAUGAAACUAAGUUUGAUAUAUUGCAAUUAAAAUUAACUCAGCUAUCAAUCUGGGAAUCAACAUAUGGAACUCAUUAUAUUUUAGAAUAUUUGCCGGAAGUUUUCGUAUUAUAUAACGAACUAUUUGAUAUUGAUAUUGAAACCAAUAAGGCCGAUGACGCACAACUUCGAACAAAUAUUGCUAAGUGGUCGCAUCGACCAAGCUUUAUAGAUCCAUCAUCUACUCAAAAUAAUGAUAUUAAACAAGAGAAUCAUUUAUCAAAGGAAAAAAAGUUAGCAAAGGAUAAAAUAAAAAGGAUGUCAAAAAUAUCAAAGUCUAAAGAUAAAAACGAUUAUCCAACUAACGGUACAUCGAAGAAAAAGUUAAAUAUGACAGAAAGAAAAAUUCUACAGGAUAUCUGGGUAUGGGCUAGUAAGAUAUAUUUAAAAAUAGGAUUUUUGGAAGAAGCUGAACAAUGCAUUGUUGAAGCGGAAAGUAUCCAUGAACCAAACACCAAAACUAUUACAAGCUUAGGUUUAAUAUGCUCAUGCAGUAGGAAAUUCUUGGCUCUACAGGAAUUCGAAAGGUCCCUAGAAAUAUUAAAUGAGCCGAUUAACUACUACAAGAAGAAGGAACUUGGUACUACAUUACUAGGAUUGUGUAAAUUAAUCAUUCUUGAUGACAAUAUAGAUAAUUCUUUAUUCAUAUCAACAAAAGAUUUGAGCUCUGGGUUAAUUAGAUUGAAAAACUACUUAGAACAGUUUUCCCAAAGUUGGCCGUUUGGCUAUAACAAUUCUGAAAUCUGGUGGUAUUUGAGCUUGAUUUACGAAAAAAUAGACGAUAAAGUUAUGUUAACUAAAAGUUUGUGGAAAUGUGUUGAAUUAGAAGAUUUUAGACCGGUAAGGGACUUUGAUUGUUGUAGCGAAUUUAUUCCUUAA